AUGUUAAAUUAUACUUAAUCUGAAGAAGAAAUAAACCAUCCUUAAUAUAGAACAAGGGUUAGAUACAGGGAUAAUGCAAUUUCUCGAGAUUUGAGUGGAAAACUGGAUGUAACUUGUUUUUUAAUGGUUGUGGAAAUUUAGCGCUUGGUUGCGGAGAACACAGAAUUAAAAGUUCAAAUUAAAUAGCAUCAUGACAGUGGACUCGAUAGAAUUAAUUAUGAGAUGUAAAUAAGAGACUUAAUGGAGAAACUUUAACGAUUGCAACAAGACAACUAGUUGAUCGUGACUGACAAUGAGAGAUUGAGAAAACUUAUAUAGGACCUCGAAGUCUCCUUAUCGAAAUAUGAGAUCUAAUUUAGAGAUUAUGAUCCAAAUUGGAAGAAGGAAUUGGAAAAUUAAAAAAAACAGCUACUAUAAUUAUAAAAAAAGAUAGGAGAUGAAGAUAUAGAUGAUUUGAAAGCUCAAUUAAACCAAAUGAAACGAAAACUAAAUGAUUAUGAUAGAUAAUUUGAUGGCAAGAAUCCAGAUGAACUUUAGAGAAUGCUUGAUGAAUUGAGAAGAAAGGCUAAAUUAUACGAUGAGUUGUAAAAUAAAUUAGGAGGCAUAAAUCCAGAUAUUCUUGCUAAAAAACUAAAGGACCUUGAGAAAUUAUAAAAGCAAUUUGGAGGGAGUCCAGAAGAUUUGUUGAAAGAAUUAGAAAAAUUAAGGAAAAAAGCUAAAGAAGCAGAUGAAUUGAAGAAGGAAUUAGAUAGGUAAUAAAGAGAGAAUGAUAAAUAAAGGGGUGAUCUUGGAAUGCUGGAUGAUCUAUAGAAAACAAGUCAGGACUUGUAAUUUGCUAAUGGAUAGUUAAAUUAAUAAUUAAAUGAUCUUAGAAAUAAACUGAAGGAUUUAGAAGGAAUUAAAAAUGAAUUAAAUUAAUUAAGAGACUCAACAAAGAAAAAGGAUUAAGAAAUUGCAAGUUUAAAAAUGCAAUUAAAUGACGCUUAAAAAUAAAUCUCAGAUUUAUAGAAAUAAGUGUAGGAUUAAACACGAUUAUUAAAUGAAAUUCAAUACAAAUACAGAUAAGCAGAAUAAGACAAAAUGAAAUUAUAAAAAGAUUUAUAAAAUUGUUUAGAAGAGUUAGAUUCUGCUGAUGGAUAAAAAGAUGUUGCUGAAUAAUUAAAAGAUGAUAAUGAAAAAUUAAACUAGGAAGUUGAUUAAUUACAUGAGGAAAAUGAUAAAUUAUAGAAUGAAAACGAAGAUCUCAAGAAUAGACUAAAUGAUCUUUUAAGGUAAAUUUAGGAUAAGGAUAAUAAACUAAAAGAUUUAUAAACUGAUUUAAACAAGAAAAACCAAGAGUUAAAAGAUUUUAGUAAUAAAUUAAAAGAAGCUAAUGAUAAGAUAUAAUGGAUUAAGAAUGAAUUUGGAUUAACUGAUGAUGAUCUAGACCCAAAGAAAAGAAAAUCUAAUAAGAAUAACUAAGAAACCAGAUUAUUUGCAAACAUUUAACCUUCUAAUAUGCUGAUAAACUACUUAUUACUUUCAACUGAAAAUGAAAGAUUGGGAAUUAUUAUUGAUAAACAAUAUGGAUAAAUUGAAUCUCUUUAAAAUUAAGUGAACGCUUAUAAAUAAAAAAACGAAUAAAUAACUUAGCAACUAUAAUAACAACUUAUCCUAUAGUCUCAAAUGAAGAUGGAUAAUGAAAUCGAAAAGCUAAAGGAGUAUUAUGAAAAUAAAAUCGUAAUGUUGACAAUGGAACUAAGUAGAUUAAGACAAUAAUAAACAUCUUCAUAUUAAUCAAUCUCAACUCUUUAAACAAGAAUUACAAGUUAACCAAAUGGUAAACUAUAUGAUUCCACCACUAUACAACCAAAAAGAGAAGAGGAAUUACUUUCCUUGCUUGUGUUAAUGGCUGCUGAAGUGCAGAAUCUAAGGGAUUAAAAUAGUUCUUUGUUAUUACGUUAAAAUGAUACUGAAAUAAAUAAGGGAUUACUGAGUAAGAGUUCUAAUCGUGUCAUUGUUGAAUAAUUGAAUCUAUACGAAGACCAAAGUAAUUUAGAAUAAUCAAAAAAUUAUUUCAUAAAUACCCAUAAAGAGGCAAAUAAAGAAUAUCAGGUCAAUUAUAAAUAUUCAACCUAAAUUAAGAACAAUACUUAUAAUGAAUAAUAUUAAAAUAUAGUUUCCCCUGAUGAUAGAGUAAACUCUUUAUAGGGGGACAUUAGUUCUUAAAGAUCUUAUCAAUAUUAAUCAUAGAUUCCAUACAAAUUUGAUUAAAACUCAUAGCAAUUAAAUGGUAGUGGAGUAUUGAAAGUGUAAAAAUAUGAGACUUCAAGAUAUGUAAAUUGA